CCUAACCAUAAAAUAAUAUAAAUAAAUAAAUAAAUAAAUAAACUUAUUAUUAAAACAGCUUCAUUGGAUUAGAAUACUGAACAUUGCUUCUCUCUUUCUCUCUGUAUCAAACCUCUUCUCUUUCUCUCUUUUCUAUUCUCCCUUCUCUGUUCCUUCCACCUUUCAAACCGCAACAAAACGAGAUUUGAAGGGAGUAUGCCAUUGAUGGAUGAAUAUUCUGGUAAAAGAGCCAUUGAUGGGAUGGUAGUCCCUAGAAAGGGGGCGGGCCAUGUGUUUAGAGACACUGCUAAUGCUAAAGAUCGAAAUGGUCAGGUGUGCAGCCGCCUUACUUGCAGUAGCAGAGUCAACACUUCUAAAGGUGCUCAAAUUGGUUCUUCUGAAAAAGGAAAAUCCUUGAAACCUUCUAUUCAAUCUUCUUCUGCUGGAAAGGAAGCAGUUGGAAGCUCCUCUAGAACUUUUCCCAAGACUAGUAGCCCUGGAAAACCGCUUAUAAAACCCCGGAAAAAACCAUCAUCUCAGUUAGAGACAGAUUCAUCUGAAACUAGUAGUGUAUUGGAUGAGUCAGAGGUUUCAAAAGUCGCCCCUUCCCCUGAAAAAAGUCAGAGAGGUCUUCAAGCUGAAAUGGAAAAGACAGUGUCUGGUAGUGUCAUGAUGGAAGUAGGAAGCUCAAGUGUGGUAUCCAAUUCAAGAUCUCGGAGGAAUUUUCAUCCAAAGUCUGGAAUUAGUGGUCAGGAAAUUAAAACCACUGGUCCAGUGAUGCGUGCAGGUAGCAGUAGGUAUGGAUUGAGGAAUCUCAAAUGCAACUCUAUUUCUGAUGUCCUCCCUGCCGGCUGUUCACCUUCAGAUUCAACCCUUAACAGAAGGAAGGAGAUGAUAAAAAAGAGGAAUUGUGAAGGGGAAGGUAGUUCGUCUGCUAGAGGGAAGAAAAUGAGCGGGUCUUCAUUAGAAGGACGGAAUUCUGGUUCCAGAAAUGGCAUAUCCAUUUCUGAUUCAAGAAUAUCUAGGAAUACUCCUCCUCACAGGGACAGGUCAGACAGCAACAUGGCACCAGUUAGAACUCGAAAAUCAAUUAGUGGUCAUGCCAGGGGAAGGCUUUCCAGCCAAGCAAAUGCCAAUCCCGUGUCACCCAAUCACUCCCCUGUCAUGGUACCUUCUUUGCCUCAUUCUGGUGGUCGUAAUGCUUCUGGUGUAUCACAUCGUACUUCUGUAGAUAGUUCCUUAAGUUGUCCUAGCUCUCACAGUAGACCAGGUACUGGCAGUGAGGAGUUAUAUGGUGUUAUGCCUGGCUCUCCUUCAGAAUAUGGGCUCACUCAUUCUAUAAUGAAUCUGGAUAGCUUUCGACGGCGUUACAACGUGGAUAGUAUUGCUGAGGUAUUGUUGGCACUUGAGAGGAUUGAACAAGAUGUUGAGCUAACACAUGAGCAAAUUCGUUUACUGGAAUCCAACUUGUUCCUUACUGGGCUUAACUUCUACGAUCCGCAUAGAGACAUGCGAUUGGACAUCGAUAACAUGUCAUAUGAGCAACUUCUGGCUCUGGAAGAGAGGAUGGGUUCUGUGAGCACAGCUCUAACAGAGGAAGCGCUGUCAGAAUGUCUAAAGAAAAGUUUCUUCCAGUCUUCACCCUCUGGAAAUGCAGUCAACAGUUGCAAGGAAGCCAAGGAUGACACCAAAUGCAGCAUCUGCCAGGAGGAAUAUGUGGUUGCGGAUGAAUUGGGGAGUUUGCAUUGCGAGCACAUGUAUCAUGUGGUUUGCAUACAGCAAUGGCUUCGGCUGAAGAACUGGUGCCCUAUUUGCAAAGCAUCUGUGGUACCUUCAAAUUCAUCCCCAUCUCAAUGAUUCAAUCAAUUGCAAUGUUAGGCCAGACGAGGGAGACUUAUUUCUUUGUACCCCCUCCUUCUGUUCAUUUUUUUCUUCAUCACUUCUGUACAAAAUGCAGUUGGUAUUUUACUUAUUUUUAUUGCUCUUUUGUACAUAGCCAAUAUUUUCAUCCCUCUAAUACAAUAAUCCAAGCCAAUGGCUUGAUAGACUGAAACUUCUAUGUUAA